AUGUCUAAGCCAUACAACAGAAGUUACGUUUACGAUAACUUUGGAAACCCAGUCGGCAAUUGUCGAUUCCCCCAUCAGCCUUAUCAGAAAACAAGUUACGCUUACGAUAACUUUAGAAACCCAGUCGGCAAUCGGCAAUUGCGCAAUCAGCCCUAUCGUAGUAAUCGAGAUCCGAACUCGUUUAACGAGUACCGGGGUCCACUUUUGCACUGCAUCUGUGAGAGGUCCGGCAACGACGACGUUUAUUCGGUGAAGUCGUUAUUUUCUCCGAGCCGCGAGGGAUAUCAGCCGGUGCAAAUCGACGCUCAGGACGAUUUCGGCCGGACGGCGUUACACUUGGCCGUUUACAACAAACUCGAGAGGAUAACGGAAUUUUUGCUGAGUCGCGGCGCGAAUCCGAACUUGGCCAACGACAAAGGGGAGACUCCGCUGCACGUCAUUUGCCGCAUCAACAGUGAUCGGUUGGAUUACAUGCAAUUCUAUGAACAAGAAAAACGUAUCAUCGAGUUGCUGCUGGGACGAGGCGCUGAUCCGAAUGCGGCCGACGAGGAUGGAUUCACCCCUCUGCACGUGGUUUGCCAGAAAAAAUGCGACGACUAUUACGAAAGGAGAUCGUGUAUGAACGAUAAUGCGUACCGCAACUACCUAAGCGUGAUCGAAUCGAUGCUGAGGCAUGGUGCCGAUCCGACCCUGGCCAAUGUCGAGGGAUGGACGCCUCUGCAUCUUAUUUGCAAAGGAUACGGCGACGAUCGUCAGUUGGCGGAGACGUUGUUCGAGCUCUGCGACCAAAGGUAUCGGCCGUUUCUGCUCGACGCUCGAGACGCCAUGGGCGAGACGCCACUUCACUUUGCCCUGCGCGAUUCCAACGAACAGCUGAUCCAGUGGCUGCUGCGGAGAGGGGCCAAUAGGAAUUUGGCUAAUGCGAAAGGAGAGACUCCGCUACACGUCGUUUGCCAGAGACCCUUCGAAGCUGUCGGCUGGGCGAGGUGGAUAAUGGCGAUCAGGAGCGACGACGACGACAGACAUCCGCGAGUACGGAUCGACGCCCGGGAUAACUCGAACAAUGCACCGCUGCACAUAGCUGCUAGCCACGGCUACGUAUAUUUGGUCGAUUUUCUGUUGGACAACGGCGCAAAUCCUACUUUAGCCAACGAUAAAGGAGACACUCCGCUGCACUUGAUUUGCUGGAAAAAAUGCCUCGACAAUUACGCGAGGAGCAUGACGAUUAGAAGACGGAAUCCGCUGCCGGUGAACUUGGAUACGUACCGCAACUACCAAAGCGUGAUCGAGUCGAUGCUGAGACGAGGCGCCGAUCCGAGCCUGGCCAAUGCCGAGGGAUCGACGCCUCUGCACCUAAUUUGCAAAGGAUAUGGCGACGAUCGUCAGUUGGCAGAGAUGUUGUUCGAGCUCUGCGACCAAAGGUAUCGGCCGUUUCCGGUCGACGCUCGGGACGGCAACGGCGAGACGGCGCUGCAUUUGGCCACCAACCGAUUAGGCAAUAAUAAAUUAGUCGAUUUUCUGUUGAGAAGAGGUGCCGAUCAGAACGCAGUCAACGAUAAAGGAGAGACUCCUCUGCACAUCAUUUGCCGAAGAGGCGAUCUCCAAAUGCUGCGGCUAUUUUUCGAAAUCAACCAACAAGUCGAAAGGGUCGUACAGGUUGAUGCGAAGGACACAUUGGGCCGGACACCUCUUCAAUGGGCCGUGGCGAAUUUUAAGCUUGACAUGAUAGACUUACUUUUGGAUCGUGGUGCCGAUCUGUCCAGCUUCGUUUUUCCCAUCGAGCGUCAUUUCUACGAGAGAUUCGGAACGGACGACAAAGCACGGUCUAUGAUUAAAGCGGAACUAGUCCCUGGCAUUAUGAUGGUCGUGGAACAUCUCCAGAGCAAAGGAUACGAAUUGGAACUAAGCGACGCCGUGCAUAUCAUGUCGUUGUUCGCCGAGUACGAAUUACCAUUUACCGAGUCGACGGAUCUUGACAAACGUUGGUACGACGACGAGGAAUUAGUGAUCAAGUCACAAAAGAUAAUGGUGAAUCCUAGUCUGUCGCUGCGCGACCUGAUCCAGCUUCAACCCAAAGAGGCGGCUAAACAGCUCACGUACGUGGACUACUUCGAGUUCAUGUGCUCGACAGGUUUAGAGGAUUUGAUUACUACGGACUUGAGGCACUUUCGGGCUUGCGUCGAUUAUCUGUGCGAGAAACUGUCGAGCAAAUUUUUCCGGAGCUGGGCGCUGCAACCGUUCCAGAAAUUGAUUCACUAUCGGCUGCCGAUUGAGAUCUGUGAAAUUAUUAUCGAGACACUGACGAACAAAGAUUUAUGUCACAUUUGCUUGGUGGCUGAAGGUCAAACCGUUGAUUUUUAA